AUGAUGGAGACCCUGGAAGACACUGAACUCUGCUUCCCACAACUCUUCAACUCCUCCUGUAGGAAGAAAAAGCGCUCUGAGUCUGAGGCUGUGCUUGUUUACAUUGUGCUGUCCUCCAUCUCUCUGCUCACUGCAACUCUCAACCUGCUGGUCAUCAUCUCCAUCUCCCACUUCAAGCAGCUCCACACCCCCACCAACCUCCUCCUCCUCUCUCUGGCUGUCUCAGAUUUCUUCGUGGGCCUCCUCAUGUCCUUUCAGAUUCUCCUCUCAGACGGCUGCUGGUUUCUCAGUGACCACAUGUGUACUCUGUACGGUGUGUUAGAUUACAUCAUCACCUCUGCCUCAGUAGGAACCAUGGUGCUCAUAUCAGUCGACCGCUAUGUAGCCAUUUGUGACCCUCUGCAUUACCCCAACAAAGUCACAGUGAGAGGAGCCUCAAUCUGCACUUGUCUUUGUUGGGUGUGUUCUGUUCUGUACAACAGUCUCGUAAUGAAGGAGAACUUCACACAACCAGGCAGGUACAACUCCUGCACUGGAGAGUGUGUAGUUGUCAUUAACUAUAUAGCAGGAGUUGUUGACGUUGUUUUGACCUUUAUUGGUCCUGUCACUGUCAUCAUUGUUCUGUAUAUGAGAGUAUUCGCGGUGGCUGUGUCUCAGGCUCGCGCCAUGCGCUCUCAUGUCGCAGCUCUCACGCAUCAGCGUUCAGAGACUGUGUUCACUAAGAAAUCUGAGAUGAAAGCAGCCAGGACUCUUGGUGUUGUUGUAGUUGUGUUUCUGAUGUGCCUUUGCCCAUAUUACUGUUCCUCUCUUGUCAGCCAGAACACCCUGUUUGGUGUCACAUCAGUGCCCAUAGAGAUCUGGCUGUUCUAUUUUAGCUCCUGUCUAAACCCGGUGAUCUAUGCUUUUUGUUACCCCUGGUUUCUGAAAUCCGUCAAGAUCAUUGUCACAUUUAAGAUACUGCAGCCUGACUCCUGUGAGACCUGCAUACUGUAG